AUGGGUAAAAUUUUCCUCGAACAUAUCAACGGCCAAAAGCUGUACAAUUGUGCUGCCUGUGAGACCAAUCUGACUAACAAGCGCGAGCUCAUCAGUACUAGAUUUACUGGGGCGACAGGUCGAGCGUAUUUGUUCAAGCGUGUGGUCAACAUUACAUACUCCCAGGUGCAGGAUCGCAUCAUGCUUACCGGACGCCAUAUGGUGCGGGACGUGAUGUGCAAGAACUGCAAGGCAAAACUGGGCUGGAUGUACGAAUUCGCGACCGAGGAAACACAAAAAUACAAAGAGGGUCGUGUCAUCCUGGAACACGCUCUAAUCACCGAAUCGGAAGGUUUCCCCGAUGCUUAA